CGUCGCCAGGAUAAUUUGCCAACUAGCCCCCCAGCGCGCCGGAACUGGGAGCCGGCGGUAGACCGUCAACCUUGGUUUGCGGUUUGCGGUCAGACCAGGCAGCAGCCGACGGGGCUGCAGGUCGAGACAACGCAUAAUCAGCUGGCGCUUUGCACAAACGGCAAACCCAGAGACAGCACAGAAGUGACAACGAUGCAUUCACCGUUGCAAGCACUAAAGGCUGCCACAGACUCAAGAUGAGACUGCAGAGGAACCUAAACCACCUCAACUGAAAACUAAAACAGACAGGUGCAAAGCCAUCGGACUGGGACACGCCCCGACACUCGCUCAGAUGCACCAGCAAGGUAAAGGUGCAACAAAUCAGCGAAGCUGCUUGUAUAUACACAGCAAUGUACAACCUGGAAUGUCUCACGAGUCCUGCCAGCGGGGAGCCGAGGGAAGAGCAAGCGGGGAAGCGGCAAAAAGCCCAAAGAGCCAAAGCGAACCCAGGGGCAGAAACAGCGGGGGGGAGAGAGGGCGGGCAAACAGAAACGCGUGCAGGCUCAAUCACAUAACUCUCAGCGCCGUCUCCGAUGCUUGUUGCCGCACCCCUUCGACGCACCCUUGAACAUCAUCCCUAACUCCACCACAUCCAGCUCUCUUCCCCAACUUGCCCAACUUCCCAACAAAGCCCAAUUCUCUUGUCUCUAUCCGCCUCGGCAUACAAUUCACGAUGAUUCCUGACGUUGCGCUGGAACCAUUGGUCUGACAUCGUUACUACCUCAGUUCUGGCCUUCAGAACAUCGCUGGGAGCAUGGUCAGGCCAUUUACUAUUGUCACCAAUAUCCCAAAACACUCUAGCACCAUCACUGCCGCUACCUUUGGGCAGCCUCCGGAGCCGCUCGAUCAUCGAAGUCUUUCCAUCUUCGCCAGGAAGGGAUAGCCACUGAUGCAGGAAAGAAGCCGAAAAUGGUUGGACCAACGAAGCCCACCCCACACGUUUAAAGGAGUAACGCUUCAUUCUCAAGGGAACUUUGUGACCCAGGGAAGCUGAAGAAGUCUCAAUCUGAGUACGUGGAGAACUACUCCGAGACUUCGAAGCUGUUGUCCCGGGGUCGACACACUGACCUCCAUCGUGAGCAAAUGUUACCUUCUUGGAUACUGGAUCUGUCGUCGGAGCCAAAACGUGAUCAGAUGAACUAUCAGACGGAGCCGAAACCUCCUCACGGUCCUCAGCCAUAGACUGGGCCACAUCUGGAGGUACAUCCCAUUCUCCAUCAGAACGCCUGGAUUCCGAAGAAACUACCAAAGAAACGCUUGAGCAUGGUACAUCACGCUUGGGAUCCAACGAAACUGCCAAAGAAACUUCAUGAGCAAAAUCCUCCUCAGCCAACUCCUCCUGCUCCAUCUUAGCAACUGCCGCGGAAGUCUGCGCAGCCAUGGGCUCCGGAGCGGCGCCGACACAAGCAGAAACGCCUGAGGGCACAAGCACCUCUGGGGGCACAGUCACAUCCCAACCCUUCGGGGGGUACAAUCCCAUCCGAACCUAUAGAUACAAUCACAUCCAAACCUGGAGGUACAGCACCUCCUCCAUCAGAACGCUUGGAAUCCGAAGAAUCUGCCAAAGGAACGCUUGAGCUAGGCACAUCACGCGUAGGAUCCAAAAAAACUGCCCGAGAAACUUCACGAGCAUAAUCCUCCUCGGCCUCUCCCUCCUGAUCCAUCUCCGCAACUGCCGUGGAAGGCUGCGCAACCAUGGGCUCCGAAACGGCACCGUCACAAGCAGAAACGCCUGAAGGUGCAGCACCUUCUCCCUCGGAACGCUUGGAAUCCAAAGAAUCUGCCAACGAAACUGCAUGAGCAUACUCCUCCUCCGCCCCCUCCUCCUCCUGCUCCAUCUCAGCAACUGCAGCGGGAGUCUGCACGUGCAUGGGUUCCGAUGCGACACCGACACAAGCAUGGUCUGCGCUAACCGGUGGAGAACAUACCGAAGGGAUAGAACAGUUGCACAUAGCCACCAGAUUCCCAUCUUGGAAAGAUUGAUACGCGACUUCUCUGCGCCUGUCUUGCUCCUGAACUAGAUCAACAUACGUCUGUCUGCGCGAGACGAGCCGCGCCCGCCGCAUUCGCCGGCGCCACGAAGAGGACGGGAUCGGAGAGAUACAACGGCAAGAACAAAACUGAGCUGCCAUGGCGCCUCACGUCGAAGGGGCACACGGUAAUAACAGCAAUGCGAGGCCUGAUGUCCCAAGCUCAGAUGCCAAAGAACUGACAGACAGAAAUCUCAAUAAUUGAUAGUAGCAGCCGCUAUCGCGGGGGUGCCGAGGCCCGAGGGGCGGGAAGAAGCAGGGCGGCCGAGGGCAGGGGGGGCGCGCGCGGGGGGGGGGGCGCCAAGGAGUUCCCGACGGCACCCAAGGCCGCCCGCAGGCAACCUUGGUUACCGCGGGGAACUCGUAGAGCGCCCCCGAUAUACAUGAAUGGAAUGCGGGCGCGGCAAUCUCGCAUUCCAUGUACAUCAGGGACUUCGGCUUCAAGGUCAUCCCCGCAUUCACCAGCGGGAUACUCAUGUCACGAAUCAUCAACUCUAGCUCGGAGCGCGUCUUCGCAUACAUUAAAAGAUUAGCAGCCCAGAAACUGUGGGUCAUCCGCUCACCGUCGAAGAAUGUGCCGUUCUAUAGCGCGAUACCGUACUGCGCAUCCUGCCUCCUCCUCUCAAUAACAUCCUUCCAGAGCACAAUAGAAACUGCAAGACAAACCAUUGGUCCCUCAACUCCUCCAGUUCGAAUGGACCUGUCCCAUCUCACAGCAGAAGAUGCCUCGAUACCCUCGAAGCUGGCAACGCACUGGUUCUCAAUCACGGGUUCAAUCAACGCAACAAUGAGAUCAGACGGAAUGCCGAGAGCGCGAAGACAUCGCAUGGCCAGCAUGGAGUAACAUUAUCAAAUGCUUAUAGAAUAUCAAUAUUCGCAAGCCACAGACUGUCUCCCUUGCCCCAGACAGCGGAGUGUUGACUGAGCCUUUUGGGAACGCUAAUGAUUUCAGAAGUCUUCCGCCCCGAUCUAAAUCCAUAAAGCCAUACAUGGUGGCGCUGCCCCUCAAUCCUCUCCUCAAUCAUCAUCACAUACAUGUCAUAUACCGUUCCAUGAGACACAUCUGCAGGCACAACACACGUGUAUAUGUCGAAUGCUGUACGUCCAUCUCCUUAGGCAUGAGAGUAGCAGCUAGUUGGCGCCAGCUGCCGGGACAACAUAACCUGCGGGAGUAGACACCCUCGAAGCCCACUAGAACCCGUCGGAGGGACGACCACGAGAGCUGUCUCAGCAUCAUGACGGUGACGUUGUCGGGACCAGGGGCUUUCCCCGCGGACAGCUUCGCUCUCGCCCCAAGCAGGAGCGACAUCGAGAACGCCUCCGAAGACCCCGAGCCCGAACAGAGAUCUCGCAAGUGCUGCAGCUCACGGAGGGUCGCCACCCUGGCCUCGGGGUCCUCAACCUUAGCCUGCAUGUGCCCCAAGAUCUCGCCCCCCCACUCCUCGCGGUCCUGAGACUCCAGACCGUUGGCAAAGAUCAACGUGUCCGUCGUUGCCC